UGACAUAUUGACAAAGCAUUUGAGAAGCUUUUAUUUUGGCUAAAAAAAGGAGACCGGAAGUCUUCUCAUGUCAACGAAUCUAACUUGAUACAGUGGUUAUUAAAGCUGCUCCAGAGAUAAACAGCUGGAUCAAGAGGACGCUUUAGUUUACAGGAGAGAGAAAAGGUGAGACACCAUGACGAUAAACAAAGUGUCCCACAGCAGGAUGACAGUGACAGAAGUGGAGGAGUUCCUGAGGAAACCUCCGGCCGGCUUCUCCGUGGAGGCUCUCAGGUCCGGGUAUCGAGUCCACAGCGACCCGGAGAAGAGCCUGGUGCUCAUCGAUGACUUCCUCUCCUGCAGAGGGACAAUAGUUUUCCACAAGUCUCUGGGAAGGAAAGUUAAAAUGCACAAUUUAUGGGAGUACACCAGCAUGAGAAAGAGUCUGCUGUCCAAGAGGAUCUAUCUGCUGAUGUCUGCCUGUGAAGAAAACCUUCCAGUGUCCAACAAAAAGGCAGCCAAUGAAGCCAGAGUGCUGAAGCAGUUUGUGGUGUCCAUAGAUGGCAACGAUCCUCUCAUCAAGUGGCAGAUGGAGAGAGGCCUGGACCGGACCAUCUCCUCUGUUGCUGGGGAAAGCUACAGGGUGGAUAUUGUCUUGACUGAACUACUGGAGAGCUGGGCAGGAAAAAACAUCCACAUCAUAACUGACAAACUAAUAAAAGUCAAACCUGUGUGGAGAGAUGCCUCCUUCACCCUCAAAUACUACUCUGACGCCCUCUUUGACUUCCCACACUGGUUCGGGUUCAGCAAAAGAAAAUUUAAUCUGUUACCAUUAAAGAUGAGACUGACAUGAGCCAGCAGUGGAUGGAGGGCAAGAAAAAAUUGAAUUUAUCGGCUCAGUUUUUGAUGGAGUCGGGGUCUGCUUCCUCGAGAAAGUUUCUUGAUCAACAGACGAAUGGUUGUAACCUGCCAGGUGAAGGACCAGCAUACCUCUUGGGACUGAAGGAACUACCUUAUAAUCGCUGUUGGGUCCAGAUAAUUCUUCUGUUUAGUGGGUGGAAACCACUGACAAGGAAAUUCUGAAUGCCGUGAAGAUUAUUUAGGCAAAUGAUAUGUCUAA